CUCACAGCCAUGGUUCAACAGUGAUGGAGGUGAUUAGUUUCACCUCAGCAGAUGUCUUGGGAGAAUUGUGCCUUUCUGUGGCAAAUUGGCACUGGCUCAUUAAUUUGUUGAGCGUGAUAUGCUGAACCGCCUCCCCACACACAUACACACAGAGUUCCCUCCACCCACCACCACUUGCUGUCUGAGAGAUUUCAUGUUUGCUGUGUGACUUCUGUGGUGAAGAAGAGACUGUAAACAAGCAGGAGGCAGAAGAAGGGCAGAGGCAGGCGGAGGGGGAAGAAGGGACUCUUGUGUCAGCUCCGGAUGCUGGGAACAUUAAACCUGGGGAAGUUAUCGAGCCCCUCAAAUACGCUGAGGACAUCUGCACGUGAGUAUAUUUGAAACCAAUGAGCAAUGCUUCGAUUAUUUUGGCUGCAUCAUGUGAGGUUCAGAUUUACUGAUUCUCCAGUAAAACCUUAUUGUGCUUCCUUAGAGUUUUUCAGACUGAUACCCAGUUUUAGUGCACACUUUACAUGUUUAAAAUAGAUCAGUCAUGACGACAGGCAGACGUCCUCUGACCAGAGAGAAAAGAGAAGUCAAAGAGACCUAUGAGUAAGAGAACAAAUCAAGCUUUUUUUUUUUUCAUUUCUCUCCCCAAUGCCACAGGUCAUCUGAAAAAUUUGUCUUAAACAUCAGCAUUGAAGCUGCAGGUUUGGAGUUGAUCAAGGAUGCAGUCCUUCCUCACUCUGCUGCUGGGGAUUGUGGCAUCUGCUGCUUCAGGUAAGACCCUGAAGGCUGCAUUAAGAGCCUUUUUUAACUUGUCUAUUUACAGCUCUCAUUGAUUUAAAUGAGAAAUCCACUGCAGAGUAAAGAAAUGCAUGUAAAGGAGAGAUAAUCUUAUGCAGUUAAAACUUGUUUGGAUUAGAUUGAAUAGAAGGAUUUGAAGUCUGAUGAGAAAGAUAAAACCUUUAAACAGCUUCUUUACUACUUAAUCAAAGUUUUUAAUAUGAACACAGCUCAAAGGAAAUAUAUCCUUUAAAGGGGUUUACAUGCAACACAGCUAACCCGCUAUUUUACCGAAACAUGACUUCUCAUGUAUGAAGCUCAAAUGAUUUCACCGCACAUUUCAUGGCACAAACUCGUGGUCUGUACAGAAGAUCUUCACGAACUCUGCAGCCUCACCAUCUGAAAUGUGGCACUCUAUUGUAUCUAAUCAGCAGGACAAUUGUCUGCGACAUCAUGAGUUGUUUUGGGCUUGUUCUUGUGAUUCAUUCUCUCUUUUUAUUUUGGAUGCUUUGCUUUGGCUGAAAACAACACAUAUAUGAGUGUGACUUGCUGAGCAUCAAAUUGCGAUUUCAUGUAUUUGCAUUUGAGAGCAUAAAAGCAUCUGUUGUUUUGUGUUAAUUUUGGCUGAAUGGAUUAGUUUCGCUUUCUGCUGCAUUACUGUCUGAGGUGUAUUCAGGGUCAUAACGAGGUUGGAUGAAUAGCUCAUUUGAGUGAACAGGGAUUUUCAAGGAAUUGAAACGUGUUUACACCUACAAUCAGGAGGUUCAAAUUGGUUCCAAACUCCUAAAGUUGAUUCCUCGUCUCUUCCCCACGUUUGCUUAUCUGCUGUGAAAAAGUGAAAGAAAAUGCUGAUCAUGGAGUCUCAGUUCUGCUUCAAGCCUCAAAUCACCCUGUGAAAACCUUUACAUGGAAACUUCUUUAACUAACUAGGUAAAAGGAUGAACUCAAAUUUAAAUAAGAGAGCAUUUCAGCUCAUUCAGGCCCUCCAGUGUCAAUCAGUGCUGCAAUACUGGUCCAUCCCAAAAUAAAUUACAGAUGCAGUGAUUGGUGCAGCUGAAACUUCCAAAUCCUCCACAAUAUCAUCAAAGAGAGCAUUGUUCUCGGUAAAUCUUUCUUCUCAGCUCCCUGAGGGUGAUGAUCUGCUUCAACAGAGUCUUCUAUUAAGAUGCAUGAAAUAUAUUGCUCUCUUUUUUACGCUUGAUUCUGUGCUGUGUCUUUUCUCUUGUUUGGUUUGAUAAUGUACGGCUCGGGUGAGACUACAACAGUAACAAACACAUCAUUAACAUCUUAAAAAGUUUUUAGAUCCCCAGUGUUGAGAGAGCAGCAUUGUAAAGAGCACGAGUGAGAAGGACUGGGAUGUUAUUUGGGUCCAUGUCCUCACAACUUCCUCCUGAAUUCAUGGGGGAACUUUCAAAAUAAAUGGGAUUCGUGAUCCACAGACUGCCCUGAGGUCUUGUGUAUUUAAAAGAAGACAGCAACUGAGACAAAAGCUACGAUUAUGAAGGAGGAAACACACUAAAUACUCAACAUCAAAGUCUAUUUUCAUUCAGUUGUUUGCAUUCUUUCUAUGUUUUCCCAUUGCAAAUGCUUUUAUUCAUCACAUGAUGAAAUGUAACAUUUGUAUUCCUCUUUAGCAGAAUGGAGGCGUCCAGUGAUCAAGCUCAACUCUAAGGUGGUAAGCAGCUCUGAGGUGGUGGUCAAACCUGGGAUCCCUCUGGACCUGAGGUGUGAGGGAGACGGGCCUGUGAACUGGCAGACCAGGCUUGCUAAACACAGACGCUUUAUUUCUAAAGGCAAUGGGAAGGUCCGCACCUUGAAGGUGGAGCGUCCCUCUGCAGAAUUCACUGGGACGUAUAAGUGUUUUUACACUGCUGGAUCACCGUCCCAUGAGCUGACCUCUUCUGUGCAUGUGUAUGUAAAAGGUGAGCCUGAAGAGUCCUGUUGGUAUUUGUGCAAUCUGUGUUCUUGGACUCAUCAUUUUCAACAGUUCUCUUUAUAAAAUAGCCCAACAUGUUACUCCAUGUUUUUUUUGGUUUGAUUAUGUAUCAAUUCUAGACCCAAACCGGCUGUUCUGGACCAGCAGCACCACGCUGCGUGUGGUGAGAAAGGAAGGUGAGGACUACUUGCUGCCCUGUUUGCUGACUGACCCAACAGCCACAGACUUGGGCCUCCGCAUGGACAAUGGCACCACUGUUCCCCCGGGAAUGAACUUCACUGUUUUUCGGCAUCGUGGUGUCCUAAUACAUAAUUUACGUCCCAGCUUCAACGCUGACUAUGUAUGCACAGCCAAAGUCAACGGGAUAGAGAGGCCCUCCAGAGCGUUUUCCAUCAACGUCAUUCAGAGUGAGGCACCUUCACGGUCAAAAUUAUUGGUUUAACGCUAUAAGAAAAGAAGUCUGAUACUCAUGUUUGAUUAUUUCCUACUUUAGAGCUACGUUUCCCUCCGUAUGUCUUCCUUGAGACGGAUGAAUAUGUGCGUAUAGUUGGUGAGGAACUCAAGAUAAUCUGCACGACGCACAACCCCAACUUCAACUACAACGUCACCUGGAAAUACACCACCAAGUCGGUCAGUCUGAAGUAUUCUGAGAGUUUUCAUUACUUUAUUAAGAGCUGAAAAUUUCAUCUGUGAUGUGUUUUCCUUCAUCAGAAACCUUUGAUAGAGGAGAGGGUUCACUCCAGUGGAGAAAAUCGUCUGGACAUCCAGAGCAUUUUUACUAUUUCGGCUGUAGACCUGACAGACACAGGAAACAUUUCCUGCAUUGGGACAAACGAAGCAGGUGUGAACAGUUCAGCGACGUACUUACUGGUUGUAGGUAAGCCAAAGAAAACUUUCAACUUCUCAAGUGUCUAAAUGUCUAAAACAUGUAUAAAGAGCUACAAACAAACUCUUCAAAUCUCCUAACCAGACAAGCCCUACAUCAGGCUGCUGCCUCAGCUGUCCCCCAAGUUGGCUCUCAAGGGUCUUUCAGUGGAAGUGAACGAGGGAGAAGAUCUGGAGCUCACUGUGCUUAUCGAAGCAUACCCUCAGAUUACAGAGCACAGAUGGCACACACCAACAUCUCCUAAUACGUCAACACAGGAGCAUAAACUCAUCAGAUACAACAACAGGUACAACACCCAGCCCAGACAACAGUGGUUCCUAAUCAUUGUGUUUCAUGGCUCCUACGUGUCUGCAUGUUUUUUUUUAAUAGAAAAAGAAAACAAGUGCACUACAGUAAGAGGAAGCUACCCUGUAAAAAAAGUGCUGUCAGUGCAUUUAGGUUAAAUUUGACAGGGAACACCAGGGUCAUCUUCUCAGGUCAUGAAACUCCUACAAGACGGAAGAAUAAUGUUCUGCUUUCUGACUUGUUGACAUACUUGACGGUUAUAGUUUGGAAAUGUCUGAGUCCAAACCGCAGAGUUAGUCAUUUAGGAUUAUGCAGACAUUCCUCUUUUGUCUUAUUUUAAAGCUCCUUAUGGGUUGUUUUUAGAUACCAUGCUACUCUGCAGCUGAAGAGGAUGAACGCACAGGAGCAAGGGCAAUACACUUUCUAUGCCCAGAGCAACUUGGCCAAUGCAUCCAUUACAUUCCACGUCCAAAUGUAUCGUAAGUGACACAUAGUAAUCGCAUAUUAAAUCAGUAAACAUUUUAACUGGGUGAUGCAUGAUUUAAAUCCUCUUGAGUAUAAAAGAAAUCAAAUUUUCUAUCAAAUCUAAUCAUUUUUAUCAGUAUUAAUUUUUUUCCCAUUUCUCUUGUCUUUGGCAGAGAAACCUGUUGCUGUGGUAAGAUGGGAAAACAUCACCACUCUCACCUGCACCUCCUUUGGUUAUCCUGCUCCCAGAAUCAUCUGGUACCAGUGUUUUGGGAUACGGCCCACGUAAGUAACAGAAGGUGUCUUUGAAUUCUUAAAAAAGGCUCACCCAUGACACGAGCCAUGAUGUAAAGUUCGAUCAUCUCUGAUCCUACUGACGCUUGUCUGACCGCCUUUGUGUUUGGCAGGUGUAACGAAAACACCUCAGGGCUGCAGCUGGCAACCUCUCUCCAGGCUCCCACUGUGGAGGUCCAGAGGGAGGAGUAUGGGGCUGUUGAGGUGGAGAGCGUCCUCACUGUGGGACCAUCCAGGCGCAGGAUGACAGUUGAGUGUGUGGCCUUUAACCUCGCCGGUGUCAGCAGUGACACUUUUGCCAUGGAGGUUUCUGGUGAGUUCUUCAUAAAUCCUCAUUGUUUGUUCUUUCUAGACUGAGAUCUCUGAUACUGGCCUCAUGAAACUGUCUUUGAGCAGUCACAUGGACGGAGCUCCAACCAAAUCUAAUGUUGAUUCAUGAGAUUAUUGUUGUCAUGGUCAGAUGACCCUUUUGUAGUUGUUGAAAAACUGCAUGAUCCUGUUGUUAUCUAUUUAGAGCAAUUCUACAUCCCAUAAACUUGUCUAACCUUGUACUCCAUCCACACAGAAAUAUGAAAACAUGAGCAUGUGACACUCUUAGGGUCUGUCAUGUACUAACACAGCUCUCAUUUUGAUUCUUCAGACAAACUCUUCACCUCCACCUUGACGGGAGCAGCAGGGAUUUUGGCCAUCCUGCUUGUGCUGCUGGUUUUUCUGUUCUACAAAUACAAGCAGGUCAGUUUUAGUGAAAUUCUCCAAGUUAACCACUGAAAUAAACUGAAGGUAACUUGUAAAAUACUGACAUGCUUUAGUUUAUGCUUCAUUUUGGUAAACUGCAUUUUGUGUCCAUUUUUGAUCUUCAGAAACCAAGAUACGAAGUCCGCUGGAAGAUCAUUGAGGCAAGAGAUGGAAACAACUACACCUUCAUUGACCCCACCCAGCUGCCAUACAACGAGAAGUGGGAGUUCCCCAGAGACAAGCUGAAGCUAGGUGUGUGUAAUUUGGUCCUGAAAUGACUAAAAUACUCCUGUGGAUUGUCACAUUUGGUCACAUAUGGCCUGUUUCUGUUCUGCAUAAAAAAACUAAUAUGAUCAUGAUAAAAUCAGAAAAAACAAACAAAAAGAACUGAAUGUUAAAUCUGAAAUUUAGAGAUGCAUAACAGGCCUUGUUUUACUCUGUCCAAGCAGGGAAGAUCCUCGGGGCAGGAGCUUUUGGAAAGGUCGUCGAGGCCACGGCUUACGGUCUGGGAAAGGAGGACAACGUGAUGCGUGUGGCUGUAAAGAUGUUAAAAGGUUAGACCCUUAAAAUGAACAGAGAGACACUUGUUACAUGAGCAAACCAGAAUGACUAGCGAAUCUGACAAUGUUCUACAUAGGGUGAAAAAUUCAUCUGAUUUAGAGAUUCAAAGCUAUCCUUGAAGGACAUCUAAAGUCAUUUGUUUCACAUGAUAGGACAGGAUGGUAUCAUGUUGGCAAUCUUCAUUGUGUUUCUGCAGCCAGUGCCCAUUCAGAUGAGAGGGAGGCUCUCAUGUCUGAACUAAAAAUCCUGAGCCAUUUAGGACACCACAAGAACAUCGUCAAUCUGCUGGGAGCCUGCACCUACGGAGGUCAGACAGCAUCUGAAAUUUAACCUCUCAUGUGAAGCCGGUUUAGGCUCUUUGGCGUUCUCCUCUGUUGAAAGGUGGUGACACGUGUGCUCUCUCUCCUCAGGACCGGUGCUCGUGAUCACAGAGUACUGCAGUCUCGGUGACCUCCUGAACUUUCUGCGCCAGAAGGGAGAGACGUUUGUGAACUUUGUCAUGAACAUCCCCGACAUUACAGAGAACUCAAAUGACUACAAGAACGUCUGCACACAGAAACAGUUCAUCAGGAGGUACAUCAACAAACACGUGCGAUGUCAUGAUUGAGGGUUCGUGGAAAAUAAUCUCUGUGUUAUCUGUUUCUGCUGACACACCACUCUGUCUGUCUACUGUUUCUGUUCAUCCAACAGUGACAGUGGGAUCUCCAGUACCUCUUCAAGCAGCUACUUGGAGAUGAGACCAAGCUACCCUUCAAACACAGAAUCAUCACGCGGUAAAACAAUCAUCCGCUGUUAUUAUAAAGCACCUUUUCACAAAGUAGUAUCUCUGACUUCAUCUCAAACUCCUCUGCGAUGGUUUUCUCUAAGAAUCUUUGUGUGAGGAGACUGGUGACUGGCCGCUGGAUAUAGAUGAUUUGCUGAGGUUUUCCUUUCAAGUGGCUCAGGGUCUCGACUUCCUAGCAGCAAAGAACGUGAGUGAUUUUUACAAUUAUAAGGAUCUUAGUGUAAAAAAUAUCAGACAGAAAUUACUACUACGGUAAUGUGCAGCAGUGUUUGAUUUCCUUUAAGAGCGGGGAUUACCCACAAAAUAACAGAAUACUAACAUGGCGUUGUGUUUCGUGUGUUUAUGGUGAUAAUGAAUGUAGGGUGUGACAUUAAUUUUUAAGGGGUUAAGAGGGGAGUUUCCCCAGACAUCCUUGGGAUUUACUCAUCUCCAUAGUUGACAAUUCAUCCUCUUUGACUGGGGAUUCACUCCAUUCAUUUAUCUAAACACAUUUUAAACCCCCGAGUCACACUAUGUAUGUGUGUGUGUGUAUGUGUGUGUAUUGUAGUGUAUUCACAGAGAUGUAGCUGCCAGGAAUGUCCUCUUGACUGACCGCAGAGUGGCCAAGAUUUGUGACUUUGGCCUAGCACGAGACAUCAUGAAUGAUUCCAACUACGUAGUCAAGGGCAAUGUAAGCCCAUUUUUAUGACAUUCAUUUCACUUGAACCUAUUCAUGAGCUGAUUUAAUUUGAAGUACAAAUUGUGUUUGUCUACACAUUGUAUGUGAAGGCGCGUCUGCCAGUGAAGUGGAUGGCUCCUGAGAGUAUCUUUGAGUGUGUUUACACCGUCCAGAGCGACGUCUGGUCUUACGGCAUCCUUCUUUGGGAGAUCUUCUCCUUAGGUAUGAACAUUAAAAAAUGAUCCAUACAUUUACACACAAUCAUGUCAUGAUUUGCCAGGAGAAAAAAACUGAAUUAAAUAUUCCUCCUCAGGGAAGAGCCCCUAUCCCAGCAUUGCAGUGGACUCCAGGUUCUACAAGAUGGUGAAGCGAGGCUACCAGAUGUCCCAACCGGACUUUGCACCACCUGAGAUGUAAGCUCCACCGUUCAGUGACAGUUAGUCUUCCCAAAGAUGGAUCACUUGUUUUCUUUGCUUUAAGAGGGUUUUAUGCUAAUGCUAAUGCUUGGCUCAGUACCACAGACUCUGAGGGGAAAUUUACUGCAGCAUCAAGUGACUCUCAGCAGGUUAUUUUUACAAGUGAGUCAGGGAUAAAAGGUACCUUUUUUAUCAGCCUGUAAAACAUGCACACUCAACUUGUCUGCCUCUUAAAUUGUUACUCUUGCUAACUUGUUAGCUAUUGCUAACAUGUAGUAACCCCUUCUAACAUUUAGGCUGACAUAAGUGCAUACAAUGACUGAUCUGUAAAAGCUAGAGGGCUUUGAAAUUGGACUUUUUACAUGGUCAGCGUCCCAAAUGUUCAUUACAGCUGAACAAAGAUCCUUUUCUUCCUCGCCAGUUGUUUGCCCUAUCGGCCAUCUGAUAUAACUGACACAUGAGGUAACUUCAUAAAAAAAACUCUACAUUUAUUUACUGCCUUUGGCUCUCCUUUAGCCCAGAACUGAGUCACAACAAACCCAAACUAGAUUAAGAGAGCCACUGAGAUGUAAAAAAUUAGGAGUUUACUGAGUGUCCCACAGGACCCUCACAUCCAUGUGUGCUCACUUGGCGAGGCUGUCACAACACUCUGAAUAACUCUCCAGUGGAAAUGAACAGGACUGAAUCUGAGUCAGGGUCUAAUCAUCUGUUGUUCUGCUGUGAGUCAGGCCUCAGUUCUGCCUGUUAGCCACAUGAUCUCAAAGCCAGGAAGCCAUGUAACUGCUAUUUCACGGCAGCAAAAUUCGACUGGAAGGGCAGAGGUUCUUAUGAACGAGUCCCUUAUGAAUCUGCGUCACUGUCUCCACACUCCACCUCUUUUUUGUCUGAUUUGACUUUACACAGUAUUUAGAUAUUAAAGCAUAAACUUUGAACUAUGGGAGCACAGUCUGGUAUAUACGUAAGCCCUGUAAUGAGUCCACUGCUAUUUUAUCUUGUCUAGUGAGCCUGGACUGCAAUAAAUCAGCUUUUUCAUGGUUGCUGUUUUUCCGUUUCAGUUACAUGAUCAUGAAGAUGUGCUGGAAUCUGGAGCCCACACAGCGUCCCACGUUUAGCAAGAUCUCACAGAUGAUAGAAAGACUACUUGGGGACCAAUCAGAGCAGGAGCAGGUGGGUUUUGGAUAACACAGAGUUUGAUAACUUUGAUUUGGCUUUAGCAAAACUACCUGUGAUUCGAAACACGGGACACUAAUCAAGAUGUCCUCGUAAAACCCCUCCCGAAAAAGGGAGCAGAAUUAAUGAUGCGGCUACCCAACUAAAGAAAUUCAUUUGGUUUUUAUUUGGGUACUGUUACUCAAGGGCAUUUCCCCCAAACAAAAUGGACCCCGUUCCACAUAAAAAAGCAAAAAUAGAAUCAGAAAAUUACAUGUUAGAUGGCUGUUGACUUAUCACUCCAUGAUUUUCUAACUAAGCCAGUGUUUGGCUUUCUUGGAUUGAAGGUAACCAUGAUAAUGAUCCUCUCCACAGCUAAUCUACCAGAAUGUGCAGCAGCAGGUCACUGAGGAAGAAGUGUGUGACGAGCCCAAGUGCUGCGAAGGCCCCUGUGACCAGUCUUGUGACCAUGAGGAAGAGGAGCAGCCACUGAUGAAGACCAACAACUACCAGUUUUGUUGAAAACCUUAGCUACCAAUUGAUCAUCAAAAAACAAAUCACUCAUCAACAAGCAUCAGGAAAGUUGGGAUGCAGCUGUAGCUUGCUGCUAGAGCACCACAGCUCCUCCAAAUGCCCGGACAGUUGCAGAGAGUCGCGCUCACAGCUAUUUUUGCCUGUCGUGCCUGCUCUCCAGACAGACAAGCAGCUGCAGCGAGCAUGUGACUUGCUUCUUUGCAGACCAUGACUAGAAAUUGCCACGUCUAACUACGACUGCAGACAUGAAAGAAGGAAACACGUCAACAAACCACACAAGCAUCAGAAGCCGUACCUUACCCCAAUGGACUGUUUGCCACUCCUUGUUGUGUUUUAUCUGUUGCGUAAUAUGUUUAUCCAAAAGAGAAUUUGUGUGUUCAUUACAUGUUUAUCGCUGCCUCACGAAAGUGGAUGUUUUAUUUUUGUCAGCAGGCUCACUUCCUUCUCAUCAGUUUUUUGCAUGUAUGGUUUCUCAGAAAAACGAGUUAAAAACACUGAAUUUAAACCUGCACCAUAUACCUUUUUUUUUUUUGUACAAGACAAGUUGUGUUAUGUACUCUGGUCACCUAAAUUGAGCAUCCAGACAGAGUAAGUGUGGCCCCCUGUUUUAAACAUGCUAACUGGACCGUGGAGAAGGCAAAGAAUGACCCUGUUGUUUCCUUUAUGUGCUUUGGUCAUAGCUGAUUCUCUUGUGACACACUAACUGCAGCUGUCCAUUAGCGGAUUCAUGUGAUUGUUUGGCUUCAGUGUAAUUAAUUAACCAGUGUUCAGUGUGGUUUUGGAGCAGGGAAUACAGCUGAACUGAGCAGGGAAAUCUGUGGAAUCUGCAGUGGAUCAGAUGAACAAUGUGAAAGACGAGUUUUAGGAUGUAUGCUUCAUGGAUGUCUAUAUGUAGCAGUCAGCCUACACUGCCAACUGUAUGAAGAUUUUAGAAUAACAUAUAAGCUAUUAGACAGAUACAGACUGCUGAUUUGUGUGAUUUCAGGCAUUUCAUUUGUGCUUCUGUUUGAAUGAAACACAAGAGUGGGAUGUCUAGUAAUGUAUAUAUCGCAUGAUGUAAAUCAAAAAUCAUCUUUAUUUUCACAUGUAUGUUGUAGAGUAGAUAGUAGUACAUUAUUAUGUCAUAUAUUGGUUUUGUUGUUUGAGCAAGUAAGACAAUCAAAUCAAAAGCUGCCAAUAAACUCACUUUAGCUGAAGAGCCGUCCAAAGAAGCCCUGUUUUGCAAUAUAUUGUAAAAACUGACUUUUGAUGUUGUGAAAGGUAUUUCUUAGCUAGGUUUUUCUUCAUUGUAUAUGGUGUUCUGAUAGAAACUGGGCUGCAGGCAAGUUCUGCUCUGCUUACUUCCUGUUUUCCAUUGGAUAAUGUCCAAUCCGCAUUUCCUCUGGAACAUUUCCCACAGUAAAUGUUGAUGUUGCACAACUCUGAAAUCUAAGGAGGGAAAUAUUUUGAACGACUUAAAGUCUGUAUGCUGUCUUCUUUAUCUGUGCUGAAGUCUUCAGUCUUUUUCUCAGUGAGGAUAACUUUAGUGUCCACUUUGUGCAGUGUCAGACAUACAAAGGACCGAAUUUAACUUUUCAUCAUAAAGUAACUAAAGUCCUAACAGUACAGCUCUCCGGUCUCCACGGCCUUUAAUGCUUCCUUCCUUUUUCUUUUCGUAACUGUGUGUAAAAUGUCCUAACUUACAGACAGGAUUAAUGAUCUCAAAAGCAGCAGCACAAACACACACAGGGAUCAUCAUAAUUUUUGCUUUUCUUAUUUGGUUUUGCAGAAUAUAUGUUUUUUUGCAGGUUAACAUAAAUACUGUACUCAGUUGCACUUAAACCAAAUCAGUUUUUUAAAAGUUGUGCAGCCAUUUCCUGUGGUAACCUCCUUACUUUAGUAAACAAAAAGAUGUUUGAGCAGGAAAUUGUACUCGUGUAUCAAAGUAACUUCAGGGAAGAGAAAACAUAAAAAUGGACCUUUUAGCACUCAGUGUAUUUUAGGGUUAGUUGGAAACAAAACACUGACUGAAACACGUUUUCGUUCACAGAGUCCUGUUCCUUUUUGCACACUGUUCCCUGUAAAACCACAACCCUGGUGAUGAUGCUUGAGGGAAAAAGCCCGUGAUAGGAAGUGAUGUGGUUUCAGAUAACAAGUUAACAGUAAUUAUCUAAGGUGCAGUUUGCAGCUGAAUGACAUUUAUUCUACUUCACAGAUUAAAGCAAAUCUAAACUUUAAAAAGCUAACAAAUCAUGUUGCAAUGUAUCUGCCUUAUUCAUAUUUACUGUAUGUAUGAGUGUUUUUAUAGAUAAUAAAUUGAUGAUUAUCUCUUUAA